GAGUGGCUGGGGCAGAAAGUGAUAUCCUCAGGCCAAUAGUUGUCCAUACAGGGUAAUAUGAGGUCAGAGACUAAAAAUCCUGAAUGGCUGAGAGAUCAAUUCAAAAUUAAGAGCAUUUGGGACAAAAUGGUUACAAAAAGAAAAAAAAAAUUUAAGGGCAUGAUAAGUAAAAAAAAAAAAAAAAAAAUUGAGAGUUGUGUGUCCACAAGAACUAUUGUUUGCAUUGCAUUAGUGAAAUACCCUCAAGUGCAUGCUGUCAAUCUCUCAGGGAACGAUAAUAGUUAUCUCUCUUUGUCUUGAGGCCCAGCUGUGCUAAAUAAUUUGCACAAGGUCAUAUAGGCAUCAUGUAAGUAGAAUGCACAGUUCAGAUUUUAAUAGUAUCACCACAGCUUCAAUUUGUUGUAGCUUUCCUGCUAGGUCAGGGUUUCUCUGUCACAGCAUUGUUGACAUUUGGGGCUAGACAGUUCUUCCCGGGAUCUGUCCUGUGCGUUAUGUUUAGCGGCAUUCCUGGCCUCUACCCACUAGAUGUCAGUAGUGCCUUCCCACUCAUGACAAUCAAAACAUGUCUUCAGGUACUUCAGGCAUUGCUAAAUGGCCCUUGGAGUGAAAAUGACCCUGGCUGAGCAACACUGUACUAGGUCCUAUGCUAAACAUUACCGCACAUUGUUACAUUUUGUCCUCUUAUGGAAUUUCUCUUAGACUUAUAAAGUUCCAUAAGAACAUGGUCCUUGAUGAUGUCUCUCACUAUGGACUGUCAGAGCUUCUGUGUUCCUAGACCAUAGUUCCAUCUGAGGACAGUAUGGAGAAGGUGAAAGUAUACCUAAGGGUUAGGCCCUUAUUACCUUCAGAGUUGGAACGACAGGAAGAUCAGGGUUGUGUCCAUAUUGAGAAUAUGGAGACCCUUGUUCUACAAGCACCCAAGGACUCUUUUGCCCUGAAAAGCAACGAGCGGGGAAUUGGCCAAGCCACCCACAGGUUCACCUUUUCCCAGAUCUUUGGGCCAGAAGUGGGACAGGCAUCCUUCUUCAACCUAACUGUGAAGGAGAUGGUAAAAGAUGUACUCAAAGGCCAGAACUGGCUCAUCUAUACAUAUGGAGUCACUAACUCAGGGAAAACCCACACGAUUCAAGGUACCAUCAAGGAUGGAGGGAUUCUCCCCCGGUCUCUGGCACUGAUCUUCAAUAGCCUCCAAGGCCAACUUCAUCCAACACCUGAUCUGAAACCCUUGCUCUCCAAUGAGGUAAUUUGGCUAGACAGCAAGCAGAUCCGACAGGAGGAAAUGAAGAAGCUAUCCCUACUAAAUGGAGGCCUCCAAGAGGAGGAGCUGUCCACUUCCUUGAAGAGGAGUGUUUACAUUGAAAGUCGGAUAGGUACCAGCACCAGCUUUGACAGUGGCAUUUCUGGGCUCUCUUCCAUCAGUCAGUAUACCAGCAGUAGCCAGCUGGAUGAAACAAGUCACCGAUGGGCACAGCCAGACACUGCCCCAGUACCUGUCCCAGCAGACAUUCGCUUCUCCGUCUGGAUCUCGUUCUUUGAGAUCUACAACGAACUGCUUUAUGACCUAUUAGAACCGCCUAGCCAGCAGCGCAAGAGGCAGACUUUGCGGCUAUGCGAGGAUCAAAAUGGCAAUCCCUAUGUGAAAGAUCUCAACUGGAUUCAUGUUCAAGAUGCUGAGGAGGCCUGGAAGCUCCUGAAAGUGGGUCGUAAGAACCAGAGCUUUGCCAGCACCCACCUCAACCAGAACUCCAGCCGCAGUCAUAGCAUCUUCUCAAUCAGGAUCCUACACCUUCAAGGGGAAGGAGAUAUAGUCCCCAAGAUCAGCGAGCUGUCACUCUGUGAUCUGGCUGGCUCAGAGCGCUGCAAAGAUCAGAAGAGUGGUGAACGGUUGAAGGAAGCAGGAAACAUUAACACCUCUCUGCACACCCUGGGCCGCUGUAUUGCUGCCCUUCGCCAGAACCAGCAGAACCGCUCAAAGCAGAACUUGGUUCCCUUCCGCGACAGCAAGUUGACUCGAGUGUUCCAAGGUUUCUUCACAGGCCGAGGCCGUUCCUGCAUGAUUGUCAAUGUGAAUCCCUGUGCAUCCACCUAUGAUGAGACUCUUCAUGUGGCCAAGUUCUCAGCCAUUGCUAGCCAGCUUGUACAUGCCCCACCUGUGCAACUAGGAUUCCCAUCCCUUUACUCAUUCAUCAAGGAACAUAGUCUUCAGUCAUCCCCCCGCUUAGAGAAAGGGGCUAAGGCAGACGCAGGCCUUGAUAAUGACACUGAAAAUGAAGCUGAUGUCUCCAUGUAUGGCAAAGAGGAGCUUCUACAAGUAGUGGAAGCCAUGAAGGUACUGCUUUUGAAAGAACGACAGGAAAAGUUGCAGCUGGAGAUGCAGCUCCGAGAUGAAAUCUGCACUGAGAUGGUAGAACAGAUGCAACAGCGGGAGCAGUGGUGCAGUGAACAUUUGGACACCCAAAAGGAACUAUUGGAGGAAAUGUAUGAAGAAAAACUAAAUAUCCUUAAGGAGUCACUGACAAGUUUUUACCAAGAAGAGAUUCAGGAGCGAGAUGAAAAGAUUGAAGAGCUAGAAGCUCUCUUGCAGGAAGCCAGACAACAGUCGGUGGCCCAACAGCAAUCAGGGUCUGAACUGUCCCUACGGCGGUCACAAAGGUUGGCAGCUUCUGCCUCCACCCAGCAGCUUCAGGAGGUUAAAGCUAAAUUACAGCAGUGCAAAGCAGAGCUAAACUCCACCACUGAAGAGUUGCAUAAGUAUCAGAAAAUGUUAGAACCACCACCCUCAGCCAAGCCCUUCACCACUGAUGUGGACAAGAAGUUAGAAGAGGGCCAGAAGAAUAUAAGGCUACUGCGGACAGAGCUUCAGAAACUUGGUGAGUCUCUCCAAUCAGCAGAGAGAGCUUGUUGCCACAGCACUGGGGCAGGAAAACUUCGUCAAGCCUUGACCACUUGUGAUGACAUCUUAAUAAAACAGGACCAGACUCUGGCUGAAUUGCAGAACAACAUGGUGCUAGUCAAACUGGACCUUCGGAAGAAGGCAGCAUGUAUUGCUGAGCAGUAUCAUACAGUGCUAAAACUCCAAGGCCAGGUUUCUGCCAAAAAGCGCCUUGGUAACAAUCAGGAAAACCAGCAACCAAACCAACAGCCUCCAGGGAAGAAACCGUUUCUUCGAAAUUUACUUCCCCGGACACCAACCUGCCAAAGCUCAACAGACUGCAGCCCUUAUGCCCGAAUCCUACGCUCACGGCGCUCCCCUUUACUCAAAUCCGGGCCUUUUGGCAAAAAGUACUAAGGCUGUGGGGAAAGAGAAGAGCAGUCAUGACCCUGAGGUGGGUCGGUUGCUCUUCUGAACAAAUAGGUCUCUUUUAAGCUUUACCAUAUAUCAGUAAGGUUUUUUUCCCACUUUUGUAUUAUAAUCACCUAUGUAAUCUCUUUUUUUUUUUUUUUUUUUUACUUAUAUGGUUUCUAUGCACACACAAAAAAGUUAUAUUAAAGAUAUUAUUGUUCACAUUUU